GUACUACAUUUGGCAUUGUUAAAAAUCAGAAAAUGCACAAAAGGCUCAGAUAGCCAAAAUAGAUGUGAGGAGUUUACACAUGAAACCCCAAUUUUGUUUGAAUCCAAUUUGUACCACUGGAAUUAAGUUACCACUCUAAACUUUCAAGACAUUUUAGGAAAUGUAUGCAGAGGUCAAGAUGACCUUUUCUAAGUACUGUGAACAAGCGCUAAGUAGACCGAAAACUAGCAGAAAAUUGUUUAAUUAGGAUAGGUUUUUGUUUGAAGAAGAAUGGGUUAGAAAUUCACUACCCAGAAAGAGGUUUGCAGGGCUUUGGUAUCCAUUGUGUUGUUGAUUCAUUGGAUUGUGUCUUACUAAUUCACAAUGGGGUCACAUCAUCUGGAUAGGUGGCUGGCCACAAAAGACAGCAUUAAGGCUUGUAUUCUGAGAACCCCUCAAGCCCUUCUCAGUUUAGUUUCAAUAUGGAUUCUAAUGAACUCAUAUAGAUUGAGCAAAAAAUCACACAGUUUACAAAGAACAGAAAAGAAAGUGACAGGUAAUAGCAUUGGGGUAAAACAGGCACAAACAUUUAAACAAUUACAAGUAGGUCCAGGAGAGCACCUAAAAAAAGCGGACACCUCAAAAAAGGCAGGCAGAUCACCUCAAAAAAGCUGACACCUGAUCCUCUCGCUUCGUUACAGGCGCUGUAAUGAAUGUUCCUAAUACAGAUUUAAACGAAGGAAAAGUUCUAUUUUCUUUAAAUGUAUAUAGAGGAUGUGUAAAAGCUAGAAAGAUGUCUUUAUCAAGAUGGAUUGAAAAAUAAAACGGCAGAAUCUACCUCAACAUGGAGGUGAUAACUAUCCAAGUACAGGUAUCUCAAAUUUCUGGGACUUUUCCUUUAAACAACUUAGCAAGUCUGUGCUGCCCAGCCGGUCCUCCCCAAGAGCUCCCAGGACAAACACCCGCGUAUACUCAGGCGCACAAGCUAGCCCUGUUAGCUUCCCAGCUGUACCUGUCCUGCUCUUAUUCAGGAGCCUCUAACCUCAAAUGUUAUACCCAGGAUAGCCUAGGAUGUUACCUUUUGUGCCAGUUGAGGGCAGUAAAGGGUACUCCAUGACCUAUCCACGGGGCUCCCAUGUGGGAAAUCCGGACCAUGCUCAGUGGGAGUCAUGCCCUCACAGCGCCUGAGACGCGCGUGCGUGGGGAUAUGUGCCUGAAUCCAGGUGCCACAGCCUGACGGUCCCAGGAUCCUGCGCGGCCGGAAGCCGUGUGCCCACCACCCAGCGGGCUCCAGGGCCACCCCACGCAUGCGUUCUGUGUCGUACUGGAGAGGUACCGCGAAUCCUCGCUCGUGUAGUGCUAGAGUUGUGGAGGCGACGGCGUUUUCCCGCGCUUUUUCUGGGCCCCUCAGGAUUCUUUUCAGCAUCUGGAGACUUGACUCUCUAUUAUGUCUUUGUGUGAAGACAUGCUGCUUUGUAACUAUCGCAAGUGUCGCCUCAAACUCUCUGGUUAUGCAUGGGUCACUGCCUGCUCUCACAUCUUCUGUGAUCAGCAUGGCAGUGGUGAGUUUAGUCGGUCACCAGCUAUCUGCCCUGCCUGCAAUAGUACCCUUUCUGGAAAGCUAGACAUUGUCCGCACAGAACUCAGUCCAUCAGAGGAAUAUAAAGCCAUGGUAUUGGCAGGACUUCGACCGGAAAUUGUGUUGGACAUUAGCUCCCGUGCACUGGCAUUCUGGACAUAUCAGGUACAUCAGGAGCGUCUCUAUCAAGAAUAUAAUUUCAGCAAGGCUGAGGGCCAUCUGAAACAGAUGGAAAAGAUAUAUACUCAGCAAAUACAGAGCAAGGAUGUAGAAUUGACCUCUAUGAAGGGGGAGGUCACCUCUAUGAAGAAAGUGCUAGAAGAAUAUAAGAAAAAGUUCAGUGACAUAUCUGAGAAACUUAUGGAGCGAAAUCGUCAGUAUCAAAAGCUCCAAGGCCUCUAUGAUAGCCUUAGGCUGCGAAACAUCACUAUUGCUAACCAGGAAAGUACCCUUGAGCCAUCCAUGAUUGCACAGUCUGGUGUUUUUGGCUUUCCGUUAGGGAACAACUCCAAGUUUCCUUUGGACGGUACACCAGUUCGAAAUCGGGGUGGUGGAGAUGGAGAUUUUCACUUCAGACCAUUUUUUGUGGGGUCUCCCACAGCACCUGAACCCAGCAACAGCUUUUUUAGUUUUGCUUCCCCAAGUCGUGAAUUAGAGCAGCAGCAAAUCUCUAGCAGGGCCUUUAAAGUAAAAAGAAUUUAGCUCACUUUACAGAAUAUUUCUCUGUUCACUGUUAGUGAUCUCAUUUAGCAAAUAAUCUUUAUUCUGAUUAGGAUAGGAGUCACCAACCUUUGUGUGUUAUUACAUUUUCAACUUAUGAGAAACUUAGUGCCAGUAGGAGUCCCUUUAGGGUCUGGCUUUUUUUUUUUUCCCAUUAUUUAAAGUAUGAGCAUUGUAUUGAGCCCAAUUUUAUUGUGACUGUUGAGUUUUCAUGUUUUGUAGAUCACCAUUUGUUUUCUGUCUGUGUUAUUUCUGACUGAACUAGGUGUUUAUGUAUAUGUACAUAAGCACCUAUAUGUCUGCAUGUCACUUUGUGUUCUGGUAUUUACGCAUAUAUGUGUGUAUUUGUGUGUGUGUGUGUGUGUGUGUAUUUGUGUUCCUUUAUAUUGAUAUUUUGCUGUAUUUUCCAGUAUAUUUAUGCAGAGACUUUGUUCUCAGGAAGUGGCAGGUGAAUCUUUGUAGUUUGUUAUUUGGGUAUGUACAUCUAUUUGUAUGUAUUUUUGUAUUUACCCUUGUAUUAAUUUGUUUGGAGUGUGCUCAUGUUGGUGAAUAAGAAUACAAUUUCAUGCUUGUAUGUUAAGUCUAUAUUU